CUGUUGGCCCAAGUUUGUCACUACGAUAAAGGAGAACACUAAUACCCAAAGUUCAUAAAUUCAACCUUGAAUCUCUGAAGUCGAAAUACACCAAAAAGGAAGACGAGAUGAAGCCUCUACUGAGUAUGAGAGAUUUCAAGGGCAAAGAACUUCGACCUGGUUCAUCCUUGGAUAUUUUUGGUCAGGUUGCUUGUGUUGCACGGGAGAAACUGAGGCAAAGGAGGAAGGAGAAAAAUAUUAAAAUCAAAACCCAAAUGGGUAGUAGUAGUACCCCCAAGAUUAAAGAACCCAAUUAUGUAGCUGAAGCAUUUUCAUUUGGCUCCAAAGAGACGUAUGCUAAUAUGAACAAAAGAAAGAGUCGAGAGGACGAUGUUGAUGAUCAUGGCAAGAGUUUUCAAUUGAAACAACAGAAGAUAAUUUUGUUGCACAAGGAAAUUGGUAGUACCUCCAAGACUAAAGAACCAAAUACAUCAGUAGGAAGAGAAUUGGAGCAGGAUCCAUUAUACUCAGUUGGCACAAUAAGGAGUGAAAGGUCUUUCCCUAGGGAAAAGUAUAUAACGAGCUCUGAUUUGGGGUUUCAGGAAAAGAAUGGGUUGCUAAAGAAGAAGAGUAUUAAUGGGGUUGAGUAUGAUACAGAUUGGGGUCUAAAGUCCAAGCCGAAGAAUAUGAAGAUUAAGAAGGAAAAGGGGUUGGGAUUGAGGCCGAAGGAGCAUGUCAGAGCACCAAAAUAUAAUACUGAUCCUAAUGACUUGCCUGAAGAGUUGAAAAGGAAGAUCGAAACUUUGGAAGGGAUUGAAAGUUUUGAAAAAGCCAAGAUGACUAUGGUGAUAGAAAAGCAUUUGUUCAGUACUGAUAUGGCAAAAAGCGCUAAUCGGUUGUCAAUGCCUCUAAAACAAAUCAAACCGGAGAGUUUUCUGGACGAGGAUGAGAUAAAGUUUCUUGCAAUUCAAGAAGAUUGGCCAGUUUCGGUUAUAAGUCCCCUACUAGAAGAUGAAGCUCUGACCUUCAGGCAGUGGAACAUGAAAAAGGAUAACGGCAGCGUUAGCUCAAGUUAUGUGUUGAAAACACGUUGGAACGAAGUUCGCAGGAAAAAUGGUCUCAAACUAAAUGAUGUAAUCCAAGUUUGGUCAUUCCGAGAUGUGGGAAACAACCUUCACUUUGCUCUUGUUUUGGUAGAGAAGUCAAAAGAUGGUGGCUCAAGUAGUGAAGGUGAUAGGUGUAGCCUACCUUCUUCACGAUCAACAACGCCGCCUAGCAAGAAUGAUGUUGAUGGUGAAAGUACUAGUUGUGAUAUUGGCCAAGGAACAGAAGCAAAGGAACAAGAGAUGAUAGAAGGAGCUCAGAUUAAUGAUGGGAGCAGUAGUGGGAAUGGGAGAACUUCAACACCAUAA